CAACGAGCAACCGCACUUGCGCGACAGAGCAGACGGAGACGAAGCCUAGCCUAUUUGUCGUCGAGCUCUCCGCCAGGAUCCACGAGACUGUUGUUGUUUCUUAGUGUAGUCUGAGGAGUAUUGUGACUUCGUGCGUUCGGAUUCGAUGUUUUGAAUCGCCGACACGGAUACCGAAGUUUGCAGAACAGACGGCAUUCGAAACAGUGCGGAGAGCAGGGAGCUCUGGAAAAUUAGGGUUGCAGGUGUUGUAGUAGUUCAGAGAAGGGGAUGAGCAAAGGGAGCAUGUAGAAAGAGCUGACGGGCCUCAUGGUAGCGUGGUGGUGCUUGUGCUGUGUGUGUGGUAUGUGUGGUGGAAAGCGAGGGCUGUGGAGCUGAUGCAUUUUCAGGGGAGGUUGUGAGACUGGCAUGAAUCUUAAUGGUGUGUGGAAUGCGGUGGUGUUGGAAGUCAGUGUGGAGAUCAAGGAACACGUCGAAAGAAGAGGUUAGGCUUUUAGGUGGCUGAGUAAUGGCACAGGGGACAUCGCUGCUGGCAGCGUGCGGUGGCGAAACAGUAAAGUUGUUUGACGUGUCUAUUGAGACAGGGGACCCCUGCACGUUCCAGUAUACUCCUUCCCCGGGUUAUCAAGUUAAUUGCGCGCGAUGGAAUCAUACCAAUUUGGUGGUUGCAAGUGCUGGAGAAGACUGCAAGAUCUCGCUAUGGAUGAAGAAUGGUCAAUCACUAGGUGUUUUGCCACAACCUGGGGGAGAACCUGAUGUCAAUAUUGAUGAGUCUAUAUUGGGAAUAUGUUUCAGCAGUAAAGGUUCCCGGUACCUUGGCUCUGGUGGAACUGGAAAGGUUGUCCGUGUAUGGGAUCUACAAAGGAGGAGAUGUAUUAAGUGGUUGAAAGGCCAUACCGAUACCAUCACUGGUGUCAUGUACAACUGUAGGGAUGAACACUUGGCUUCUAUUAGCAUGAAAGGUGAUUUGAUCAUCCACAGCCUUGCAUCAGGAACCAGGGCAGCUGAGCUCAAAGACCCUCACAAUCAGGUUCUCAGAGUUAUGGAGUACUCCCGAUUGAGUAGGCAUCUUCUGCUGACUGCCGGUGAUGAUGGAACUGUCCAUUUAUGGGAUACCACUUCACGUAGUCCCAAGUUAUCUUGGCUUAAGCAGCAUUCAGCACCUACCACAGGGCUUUGCUUCUCACCGACGUCUGACAAGAUGAUUGUAAGUGCUGGGCUGGACAAGAAGUUGUAUAUAUAUGAUCCUGGUGUAAGGAAGCCUGUUUAUUGUGUACCAUAUGAGGCUCCCUUUGCAUCACUGGCUUUUAGGGAUGAUGGCAACACCCUCGCAGCGGGUACCAAUAGUGGCCGGGUUGUUUUUUAUGAUGUGCGUGGUCGACCCCAGCCCUUCACAAUCCUGCGAGCUUACAGUGCUUCUGAGGCUGUAAUAAGCUUGAGUUGGCAGCGGUCUAAUCCAACAACGGUCAAAGAUACAAGACCCGGAGAGUUUGCUCUUUUAGGUACUAGCAAUGAAGAAUCAGUGAUAAUGCCAGAUCCUCUUCCUGCUGGCACUAGAGGGCGGGUAACAACAGCUGCCCCACCCACUAAAACUAGCAACCGUACAAGUCCAUUUUCGAACCAGGAACCUCCUAUUACUGGUGGGUCCUCAGGGCCUCCAAGGCCAAAGUCAGCGGGAGGAGACGUCACACCUUACUCUUCCUUGCGUACUUUAGGACAAGGUCCAAUCUCUAGACUUCAAACCCCUCGGGCGAAUCCAUUCAACUCUGGAAAGGAUGACAUGGAGGUUUUUUCGCCUCUUGUUGACGUACAACCCAUUACACCAUCAGUUGCAGGUUAUUGGGAUGGAGACGUUGCUGGAGACGAGUUCAAUAGGGAAACAUCAGCUCUCGGGGGUGACAGUAGGAGAACAAGUUGGGGAACUCCCUCAGUUCGUCAGUUUCCUAGUAUGGAGAAUGUGAAAGAGGAUGUACGGGAGUCACGAGAUUCAAAUGUUUCACGCAGGUCUUCGAUAGGAACUCGACAAGAAGAUUUACAUGGAAGAUCGUCGUUUGGGUCUCCUGUAGUAGUGACUUCUCCAGGAAUAUCCUCUAAGUCGGAUCGAUCUCCUUCUAUAACACCUCCUGAAGCGUGGGGUGGCGAGGCUUUGGAAAGAGGUGGCUCAAGGCAGCCCACUAUGUCCAGAUUUGCUUCCACAACAGGUCUUCCGUCCUCUCGAUUUGAUUCACUGGCUGCUUCUGCAGAUAAAAAGCACUCGUCUUCUACCAAGGGUGAUAUCUCAUCGCUUAGAUCUUUAGAUCCAAAUCCAUCUUCCCCUUUAACAAAUGGUGUGAACCAUACGCCAGCAAGUGAUUUUGAAGCAGCAACCAUAGCUGCAAACAGAAAACUGUUGUCUUAUGAGGCACGGGACCUUAACUCAAACUUUACUCGAUCUCUUCCUGGAUCACUUCCUGGGUCGGCUGAGGAUGCAGGAUCACCAGGGAAGCAUAGAAAGUCAGCGUUGGAUAGAGGAGAAGAAAAGGGUGGGGUUCCUGGAAGUUCUGAUGGAAAAAAAGACAUUGGGAAUAUUUAUACGUUAAGACCGGAUGCUGCCGCUGCCAUAGUGGCAACUCCACCUUCAUUAAACGGCCUUGCUCAAGGGAGCGUGCAAAGAGCUCAAAUACUACUCGAACAGCAGCAACAGCAGCAAGGGGUGGGAACUACUGGUUUCGCCCUGCAACUGGUGCAAAGGGGUCUAGAAGAGAGUCUUGGUGCCGUCCAACGAUCUAUUCACGAAGAGGUUCAAAAUUUGCAUUUGGAACUUCUUCGACAGUUCCAUAUCCAGCAGAUGGAAAUGGGUAGCAUGAUGGAUACAUUUCAAGCAAAGCAAGCAGAGCUAGCGGAAGAGAUCAAGGCUCUCCGUAGAGAAAAUCAACAACUGCGAGAUCUUUAUUAACGGUAGAUUACAUGGCACAACUUAACUAUUAACAACUAGCGAGCUUUGAGGUUUGGGAAUCUUUAGGGUUGUUUCAAACCUCGUGUAACCUUCACGGUAUGAAUGUAUAGAAGAGGCGUUGCCAUUGUAUACAUUAUGUUAGCGUAAUUUUCCCAACAGAAAUGCGAUUAGUUGGUUGAAUUGGAUGUAUACAAAUUGUCUAGAUCACAACAAGAUUUUGAGAUUAGAGAGUGGGAACUCCCGUGUAGAGACUGAGUUGAUGGAGAAACUAAUGAAUGUGAGAUUGUGAAGAUGUUUUGGUUUAUUAAUGUUUUUAUGUGAAUUGCUUACAUUAGUUUUGCAGA